AUUCCUAGGUUCAAAGGACAAAAGCUGUCAAAAGUCAAAACCCCAUUCUCUAAACCCCCAGAGAAGGUUUUUUUUUUUCUCAGUUCGUCUCCUCCUCCAAUCUCUACAGCUACCAUUUUCCCUUUCUCCUUACCGGCGACCCCUGUGGCCGUUGGCCUCCAGACUUGGGAUAGAUUCGGUAAAAAAUCAAUCUUUUUAAGCCGUUACGGACUGUUGCUAGUGUUGCAAAUGCGGAGGCAGUCAUGCAUACGAUACCCAUCUGCUAUCUUCUUAUUAUUCAUUGUAGUUUCAGCAUUUGUAGUUUAUGCCCUCCCGAUUCAGUGUGCUUCCAAGAAACCUUCCUUUGUCCCAAAUUCAGAAGUUCAUACCUAAAAAGUGGAGGAGCGUUACAGAAUCAGACCCCCGAAACAGUGUCCAGCCCUUGCCGUGUAGUUCUCGUGAAUCUGUUUCAGGGUCUUGUGAAGCAACUAGUGAGUCUAUGGUGGAUUGCCUAUUGACAACCUUGAAGGACUUUGCAAGCCAAGGCCACAUAUGCAAAGCCUUUAGAACUUUUUCACUUAUUCGGACCCAUGUCUCCUCUCAAACCCCUUGUGAUCUUGUUAUACAGUCCUUAUCGUCUCUUUUGUUAUGUUGUACUAACAGUAAGUCACUUCCCGAAGGGAAACAAAUUCAUGCCUGCAUUAUUAACUCAGGCAUUGCGCAUAGUUGGAAUUUGGUGCCAAGGAUAAUCACCUUCUAUACGACCUUCAGUUUACUUGAUAAUGCUCAUGCAAUUGCUGAAACUUCAAAUAUUUUGCACCCUCUCCCUUGGAAUCUCCUUAUUUCUUCCUAUGUCAGAAGGGGGCAAAAUGAAAAGGCGUUCUCUGCCUAUAGACAGAUGGUGAAUAGAGGUAUAAGACCCGAUGAGUUCACUUAUCCAUCUGUUCUGAAGGCCUGCGGUGAACAAUUAAAUCUUGCUUUUGGCCGGGAUAUUCACAAAUCUAUAGAUGCUAGUUUCCUAGAGGGUAGCUUGUUUGUCCAGAAUGCUUUAGUUUCCAUGUACGCGAAAUGUGGGGAAGUGGAUGUUGCACAUGACAUAUUUGAAAGGAUGCCAGUUAAGGAUGCAGUUUCAUGGAAUUCAAUGAUCUCUGGUUAUGCUUCCAAAGGUAUGUGGAGUAAAGCUUUUGAGCUUUUUGAUAGAAUGAGGGCUACUGGUGCUGAAAUGGAUAUUAUUACUUGGAACACCAUAGCUGGAGGUUGCUUGAAGACAGGUAACUUUAUUGGGGCUCUUAAAUUGUUCUCUCAAAUGAGAACUUGUGGAAUUCAGCUAGAACCUGUGGCAACACUGAUUGGUUUGGGUGCAUGUUCUCAUACUGGUUUGUUAAAAAAUGGAAAAGAAAUUCAUGGUUUAGUGAUUCGAAGUCACCUUGACGAUUUCGAUAAUGUAAGAAAUGCUUUAAUCAAUAUGUAUGCCAGAUGCAAGGCGCUUAAGCAGGCACAUAUUUUAUUUCAGUUGGUUGACUCUAAAACUGUAAUUACCUGGAAUACGAUCAUAUCUGGCUUUGCACAUUGGGACAGGUUUGAGGAAACCUCCUUUCUUUUCCGAGAAAUGCUGUUUUCUGGUGUUGAGCCAAAUUAUAUAACUAUAGCAAGCAUUCUCCCCCUUUGUGCUAGGGUGGCAAAUUUACAACAUGGUAAAGAAUUUCACUGCUAUCUUACAAGGCGGGACGGGUUUGAGGAACAUUUGCUAUUGUGGAAUUCCCUUGUGGAUAUGUAUGCGAGAUCCGGAAAGGUAGUAGUAGCCAGAAAACUAUUUAAUUUGAUGAGCAAGAAAGAUGCAGUUACCUACACUUCGCUGAUAGCAGGAUAUGGUAUUCAAGGUGAAGGAAGAGAAGCAAUUGAACUUUUUAAUGAGAUGAUAAGGCACCAUAUAAAACCAGACCAUGUGACUAUGGUUGCUGCUUUGUCAGCAUGUAGUCAUUCAGGCCAUGUGACGCAGGGUCAGAAGCUAUUCGAACAGAUGCAAAGUACUUAUGAUAUAAGUCCUCGUUUGGAGCACUUUUCUUGCAUGAUUGACCUCUUUGGUAGGGCUGGUCUACUUAAAAAAGCAGAGGAAAUCAUUAUAAAGAUGCCUUAUGAACCAACACCUGAAAUGUGGGCAACUCUCCUUGGAGCAUGUAAGAUUCAUAGGAAUACUGAGAUAGGAGAAUGGGCAGCUGAGAAACUGCUGGAGCUGAGGCCCGAUAAUCCUGGAUAUUAUGUGUUGAUUGCUAAUAUGUAUGCGGAUGCUGGACGUUGGAAUAAACUGGCAAAAGUGAGAACCGUUAUGCGGGAUUUUGGUGUAAGAAAGGCUCCAGGAUGUGCUUGGGUUGAUACGGGUUCUGGCUUUUCUCCCUUUUUGGUUUCAGAUACCUCCAGUGGCCAAACAAAUGAAAUUUACUGUCUUUUGGGAGGACUGAAUAGGCAAAUGAAAGACACCGAUUAUGUGACUACAGAGGAUUCUUCUUCCGAAGAAGAACUUUGUGAAGGACUCCUUUUGUGAAAAGGAAGCAGGACUCAGAUCCAGACCUUUGACUAUUUCCAUAAGAACUUUGCUCAUCUUUCCUGUUGCAAGGUAUUUCUCAUCACUCAAGCAGAAUAUGUGCCAGCUUGAUCAAGCGUUCUGCUUUUUUCGCCACAGCUGAGGUUGCAGGUUUUGAAGAGUAGGGGAACACUUAAGAGAAUCUAUAUCAGUCUUCAAGGUUUAUGAUCAGAAAUCAGUUAGGAUGCCCAGGUUGCUUUCUCUACAGCAUAUGUUUCAUUUCUCGCAAGAUAAAUCCCUCGGUGCAGACUCAUUCUAUUCCAAAUACUAGUACCGUUCAUUUUAUUACUGAUGCACUUCUUAAAGGUGUUUUCAUCUUUGUUUAAUUUGUCUCUUACUACAUGAUGUGCUUGACUGAAACUGUUAAUAUUUCAGAAAUCAUAGAGAAUUAACAAGACAUGGCUUGUGUUAUUGUAGUUGAGACCAAACUGAAAAUGGUACAUGGCUUCUGCUGCAAAUCCAUUUCUUUUGUUGAUUUUUUCCGAGUUUAGUCAUCAUAUUUACAGCUCUUAAUUAGGUUGAACUUAGGCAAAACCUCAAGGUAUUUUAUGCAGUUUAAGCUACUUGUGCAAAACAUUAGGUUGUUCAUGAAGUUUAAGCAGCAUUUGUAGGUAAUUUCUUUUGAUGUAUUCCAUGUAUUUAUAUCAAGGGCUGCUUUGAAUAGAUCUUGAAAGAAGGAUUUCUUUGUUUUCUGGUAUUCAGAUUCCUUGAAGUUGGAGCGUUGUUAAGCCGGAAUGUAUGGAGUCAUGCCAAUACAUCGAGAGCUUUUAUUUGCCCAUAGAAUCCUAUUCUAAUGCAGUUGAUUAUUAACUUUCGCAUACUUCUUUUCAAUGUGCGGUUAAUCCAAGUUACCUGUAUUGUAUUACAAGCUUCAAAUUGUUUGUUAGCAUAACAUCACAUCCCUUUCAUCCUUGUCCUUCAACAUCUGGAAAAAAAGUCAUAGGCAAAUGGUCAUGGAUUGGAUCUUCAUGACAUACUCGUGUCUAGAGCUAGCAAGAAUUAGUACUCUCUUUUCUAGUCAUGUAGGAGGAAGCUCAUACCCUCAAACAAAGACACUAUACUUAUCACCUUUAACAGAAUUUUGUAUUUUUAGUAAAAAAAAACAUAGUUUUAUAUCAAAGUAGAGAACUCUAAAGGUGAGCAUGGCGCACACGUUUACACCUCUCCGGCCAGUUGCUUCUCUUCUCUAAUUUGUUACUUAAAACAUACCACAAUUAAUCAGUGAGUUCAGUAUUCGUAGUUUAAGACGAAUACUUUCAACUACUUUCUUUCUUAAUAGUUGUAUCUGGAAUAGAAUAUUUCUUCUUUCCUUUAUGGAUGUAGUUGGAUGCCUUGCUCUAAGGCAGUGAAACAUCUUGUCUUGGUGAUAUAAUUAAUGCAAAAACUCUCAUUUCCCUUAGUAGUUGUCUUUGUUUGUUUUAGUUUUUUGUUUUUUUACAAGUAUAAUUGUUGUUGUUUAUCAUUUCUUGUUGAUUAAUCUGGCUAGGUGCAGGAUGUGGUGAUUAAUCGCAAUAACCUGUGGUAUCUUGAAUUACAGACAUUGUAGUGGAGCUACUUUGGAGUGUGGAUACACCACUGCUAAAACAUCUGAGAUUAGGUGCCUGGUCUCUUGGUUGGUCUUCAAUCUUGAGUUAGUGCACGUAAAUGGCGGUCUUACAACAUAGCUCGCCAUAGAGAUCGUUUCUUGCAGUUGAAAAACACAGAGAUCAUUAUUUGCCAGCCAGGUUCACAGUGGUAUUCUAACAGAAGCCAUUCAAAGGGGAAGGUAAUACCUUUUUGCUGGUGUAUUUGUCACCUUUUAUUAUGAAAGCAAGCAAGUGAGAUGAAGUUAAAAUUGUCACAGUUAGAGAGUCGUAUACCCAAAUAUUAGUCUUGCUGAUUGUAAAUUUAUUCUUGGAUUCCUUACUUCCCACAAAAAUAUUGCAUUGAGGUGGAAAUUGCCCCUUAAAUUCUUAGGACUAUUCCUCUUUUGAUUUGAAUUGGUUUUACCUAAAAGGUCAAACCAAUUACUAUCGUUCUGAUAUAGACACAACCAAACAUAAAACCAGCUUAUUCAUUCUCGGUUUUGUUUGGUUAUUUUGGGUUUAAUUAUGAGUCACAUGUAAUAUGAAUUCAAUCUAUUAGUGCUGCAGUUAAAAUUUCUUAUAUUCA